AUGAAAUUAUGGUGCCUGCUUGUCGUUUUCCUUAUUAUUACAACUUCAGCGUCAUACAUUUAUUUGAAUGAUAAUAACGAUGCUUUAAUCAAUUAUCCAAAUGUAAAAAAUUUUCCAUCAUCAACUUUACAAUCAACAUAUAACAUGCAACAAAAUCGAUAUAGACGAUCAUCAAUCGUCAAACGUUCACAACGUAAUGCAAAUAUUCUUUAUCGAUAUUGUCGUCGAAAUGGUCAAGCACCCAAUUUUUGUUUAAAAUAUGCUGUAAGAAUGAUAUUUGCUACAGGUCAUUGA